AUGACCUUGGAAAGCACAAGCAACCGCAACUCGACCAACAGCUCGUCGCACUCUGUCUCCAACACCAACGGCAGGACCGUUCUCGAGGGACAGCUUAUCGACCUCAGCCUAGAUAACAACAAUAGUACCACCAAGAACCGCAUCUCAGACUCAGGUUCAACAGAGGACGACAAUGACGAGGACGGUGAGGAUGCCGACAACAUCUCCCUCGGAUCCGUCGACACUGACCGCAACCCCAACACGUUGCCCCCAACCUACGAUCUGGCAUCGAUUCUCGGCAAUCAUGCUGCUGCAACAGAGUCCCUGAACAACAAUGGCGCUACUAUUGAUGCCCGUAACGGCGACUCGACUGCCCCUGCCCAUGCCACCGCUGCCACCGGUGGUGCCCGUGCUGGCGUCACUGCUGGCCGUAUUCCCACCAACAUCCCCUCGACCGCAGAGAUGGAGAACCUGCCCAAUGACGUUGUUGCUCUGAUUCUCGAGACCCUGACCAUUCUCGAGCUGUACGACCUCCACACCCUCUCAGACCGCUGGCGCCAAUUGACGACCCGUGCCCUGCUCGACAAGUUUAUGCAGAGCCACGUGGUCCUUUGGGCUGACCAGGAGGGCCAUCGCACCUUCCGCCCAGUGUUCUUGUUUGAUUCCUUUGAUGAGGCGACGAACCGUAUCCGCUGGUUGCCCAAGCCAGUCAAGCCCGAGUUCCGUGGACAGGUCUACAGCAAGACCUUUGGCAUUACCAAACCGGUGAUCCGUAUUAUCUCCGUCGGCGACACCGACAAGUACGACUAUCUCGACAAGGAGGCCCAGAUGUCGAUCUUGAAGCCUGGCACCAGGACGUUGCUUGGUUCGGAUAAGGGAUGCCCCUGGGCGUUUAUCUACAAGGUAUCGUCGUUUACGCGCAAGGGCAAGAAGAUCAAUGGGGAGCGGUGGAUUGAGCCGGUGUCGUUUGAGUGCCAUUUGGACUUUUUGAACCCAAGACGUGCGCACAAGUUGAGGCUGUUGUGGUACCUGCAAAAGUCGUAUUCGGCGAUGCCCCUGGUGGGCAAUGGAACGCAGAAGCUGGUCAACCGGUCGAAGGUUGAGGGAGCUGUUGCGCCCCAGCAGAUGAGCGAGUUCUUUAGCGGCAACCAGUCUCAGCACGUGGGCGUCCUUCCUGGUUUCCGUUAG